UAUCAUCCGUCGAUGAAAGAAGACACUCAUCCAACGAUCCAAUCUGCUCCCUAUCAUCCGUCGAUGAAAUAAGAGACUCAUCCGUCGAUCCAAUCUGCUCCCUAUCAUCCGUCGAUGAAAGAAGACACUCAUCCGUCGAUCCAAUCUGCUCCCUAUCAUCCGUCGAUGAAAGAAGACACUCAUCCAACGAUCCAAUCUGCUUCCUAUCAUCCGUCGAUCCAAUCUGCUCCCUAUCAUCCGUCGAUGAAAGAAGACACUCAUCCGUCGAUCCAAUCUGCUCCCUAUCAUCCGUCGAUGAAAGAAGACACUCAUCCGUCGAUCCAAUCUGCUCCCUAUCAUCCGUCGAUGAAAGAAGACACUCAUCCAACGAUCCAAUCUGCUUCCUAUCAUCCGUCGAUCCAAUCUGCUCCCUAUCAUCCGUCGAUGAAAGAAGACACUCAUCCGUCGAUCCAAUCUGCUCCCUAUCAUCCGUCGAUGAAAGAAGACACUCAUCCGACGAUCCAAUUUGCUCCCUAUCAUCCGUCGAUUUAACAAGAGGAAUUGCAACAACGGGCUUAGUCUCACGAU